AUGCCCAAAAUGCGUGGAGUUGAAGCUCCCUCGAGAAGAUGCUGCUUUCUGUACGCAGGAUUGCUUCAAGGCAGCAUGGAGUUCUCAUAAGUCAGUGCACCUGAAGUCGAAGUUAGCAACUGGUAUAGCAAGUACACCAUCGGAACAAUCUCAAGAGGGUUGGCUAUAUUGCUUAAAGAAAGGCCAGACUCGAACAUCGGUGCUUCCCCAUUUUGAUUGGACAGGAUCAUUAAGGCCAUAUCCAAUAUCAAAGCGUCGUUUGGUGCCAGAGGGGAUUGAAAAACCUGAUUGGGCCCUUGAUGGUAUCCCCAAAAUUGAGCCCAAUAGUGACUUGCAGAACAUUGUGGAGAUCAAGACGCCGGAGCAGAUAGAGAGGAUGAGAGAAACAUGUCGAAUUGCAAGGGAGGUUUUAGAUGUAGCUGCUCAUAUCAUCCGACCAGGAAUUACAACAGAUGAAAUUGAUAAAGUGGUUCACGAGGCAACGAUAGCUGCUGGAGGAUACCCAUCUCCAUUAAAUUACCAUUUCUUUCCAAAAUCUUGCUGCACUUCUGUUAAUGAAGUCAUCUGCCAUGGAAUCCCAGAUGCCAGGAGGCUUGAAGAUGGUGACAUUGUCAAUGUUGAUGUGACUGUAUGUUAUAAAGGCGUCCAUGGUGAUCUUAAUGAAACAUAUUUUGUUGGGAAUGUGGAUGAAGCUUCUCAACAGCUUGUCCGUUGUACAUAUGAGUGCUUAGAGAAAGCUAUUUCAAUAGUUAAACCUGGGGUUCGAUUUCGCGAGGUUGGGGAAGUUAUUAAUCGGCAUGCAUCAAUGUCAGGGUUCUCUGUGGUGAAAUCAUAUUGUGGACAUGGUAUUGGAGAGCUGUUCCACUGUGCCCCAAAUAUUCCUCAUUAUGGAAGAAAUAAAGCUGUUGGUGUCAUGAAAGCUGGGCAGACAUUUACUAUUGAGCCAAUGAUAAAUGCAGGAGUUUGGCGUGAUCGGUUAUGGCCGGAUGGAUGGACUGCAGUUACUGCAGAUGGCAAACGAAGUGCUCAGUUUGAGCACACUCUUUUGGUUACAGAGACGGGGGUUGAUGUUCUAACAGCACGAUUGCCUUCAUCACCAAAUGUCUUUCCUUGGUUGAACCCUUAAUCAUGCAUGGAGCAACCAGCAGAGCCUUUCGACCACCAACUAUAACAUAGCCCCCCAUUAGCCGAGGCAGCGAUGACAUCAAUAAUUCUGUCAGAAUUUGUUGUGAUCCUGUUCACAUUUGUAAUAGAUCAGCCAUCGGCUUUUCCAGCCAUUUGUUUUGCACUGUAUGAUGGAGCCCAUAUUGCUGCUUUGUUUGAUAGGGAAUUGUUUAUUGUGAUUUCCAUCAGGCCUUGUAUGCUGGCAAUUUUAUUGCAUCAGUAUGCAUUCAUAUUCUUUUUUUAAUGGUGAAAAACUGUUUAUUUAAUUGUA